ACUUCAAUUUCCUGCGAUUUUUAUUCUUUAUAACUUUUUUUUCAAAGGUUCUUCGUUUUGCCUUUACAGCGCUUGAAAAAUUUACUGUCAAAAACUGAAACAUCUCUGCUUUCUGAGUAAGUAGAUAACUACUAGUUAUUGACAUCAAGCUGAAAUCGAUUGAAAACGCGCUUAAAUGAACAGUCGCUUACUUUGAAAAAAUUUUCAACCGCCUAUAUUUUCUCGAUUUUUUUGAAGCCACAAAACACCCUUAAAGGUCAAAACGAAACGCAAUUAUUUUCACAUAUGUUACUCUAACAUAACCAUCACGCAUUAAUCAUCGUUUAACUUUGACAUUCCUCAUUUCCCACAGCCAUUAUUACACCACUCUAACUGGUAUUCACUCUAGGAGCUUAUAAUUAUUUCUCUGCUUAUAUAAACUAGGACUUGGAAGCAUCCUAAUCAUAUUAUUCUAUUGGUGAUACCUACGUUUCACAUCGACGAUGAACUCACUUUGCGUUAGAAUUUUCACGGUAUUGACCAUGUUCACCGGCACUGUUUUCUCGGCAGCCACCCACGACCACUUCGUCGAAUUAUUCAACGACCGAGCACCUAUGCAGAAAAUUCUCGCGGAAGUUUUCGACAACGAUCAAGCUACACAAUUGAAACAUUUUCAAACUAUCCAAGAACAUAUAAACAAAAGAGACGAUUAUGCUGACUACGCCAACAAGUUGAAAAAAGCCGCUCAAGGUAUAUUGGACGGUCAGCUUAGUCAAGCAGGGUACAAAUCUAUCGAUAUCGAAGAAUAUAUGAAAGCUGAAAAUGAUGUAGCAUCUGGAGUAACUUUGGAAAAUAAAGAAUUGGAAAAUAUAGUUAAAGAAAUGCUGGAAAGAAGAAAGUUACUGAUGACGGCUUCGGAAGAAAAACAGAAGGAUGUUUUAGCUUUAUUGACGGAGGCUGCCAACGCUGCUUUCGAGGAAGCUUUGAGUCACAAAUCUGCUCAAUUCCAAAAAUCUCGUGCAGGAGAACAUGUUUAAGUACAAGAUGGCAACGAAGAUUGAGUGAGAAUCCUACUCGCGAUCAGAAUGUAAUUUUUAGAAAUUUUUUUGUGUUGUUCGUUAAAAAACAAAAUUGACCUUUUUCCCGAACAAAGUUUGUAUUUUUUUUUCCUUCACGGUGAAAGAAUAAAGUCUUGUUGAAUUAAUCAAUUGAAAUUCGCAAUUGGUCGCAACAUUGUUUCGUAUACCUUGACGACCGAUUCUUCUUCCAAUAGGUGAUUAUAGGCAAUCAUGAAACAAACGUAAUCAAUAAACAAUAGGGUGGUCCUUAUUUUCAAAGUUGGAAUUUUUUUGCUCCCACCACCCAAAGUUGUUCCAUUUGAUGAAAAAAUAAAUCCUACGAAGUUUCAACCCCCUAUGUAAAGUGGUGCCAGAAUGCCCCCCAAUUUUUCAAAAAAUUGAAAAAUAGAAAAUGAUGCAAUUUUUUUAAAUUUUUGAUUGUUUUCAAUCUAUUGCACCCCAAUGUUCCCCCUUUGAACCAAAACAGCCCCUAAAAAAAUUUUAUCCCCCCUCUGUGAGAAAACAGUAAUUUGCUAUUUUGUCAUACCUAGGUACUCGUAUUAGGGUGGAACUGAAAAAUUUAUAGUCUCAAUCCCGUUGAAAUUGAAGUAUGUUGGAGAUUGCGCGUUGAAAUGACCCCAAAAAAAUGUUCAGCCUCCCACGUGCCCCUGCAGUGGAACUGUGGCCCUCCAAAGUGGGGCCAUUUUGGGAAAAAACACUGUUUUUUGACAGGCUUACCACUUAUAAGGAAACGACGACGAAAAGUACCAAUACCCAUUUUUUCCGAAAACAAGCAGUACUCAAAAGGUGCGAUUUGAGAUGAUGAAUCGAAUGGCGCAAUCGGUUUUUUGAUCCCACAUUCAAAACUUCCCUACCACCUUGAAUUCCAACAAGAAAAAUCAUGGAAUGAAAGUUGUUUCUAGGAGAAUUUUCUAAAUUUUAGUUCUUACAAGAAUUUCAUUUGGCGCUACCCUUGGGCCCCAGGUUCCCAAAAACAAUUUUCAAAAGAAGUCAAGAAAUAAUGUUUUUUUUUUUUUUUUUCAUUUUUUAUUUUAAGCUGCCAUAAAAUCUUGCCUUUGGUCAAAAUUUCCAAAACUAAAUUUUUCUCCUUAGUUAUUUGCCAAAAUUUUCUAAAAUUCUCGCUUGAAUUGCGAGAAUUUAACAUAGAGCAGAUUGGCCCUACUGCCGGAGGAAGUGCUUAUUUUACUAACCCCUAUAAUUAUAUUGAAAAUAUUGGUAACCUGUGAAAUUAUUGAGAAAUGUAAGAUCUCCCACAUUCUUCUGUAUAUUACGUACAUGACGUCGUCAGGUCAUUGUCCAAAUCCUCCUUAUAUGUAUUAUUAAAGGGUUCGCGUCAAGGACGUUGGAAUGCGCAAACAUUUAUAAGAUCUCUAUAUGUAGCAUAUACGAGGCUAGAUCCACCCCCUGCGACAGGUCAGUUAAUUAAUGAUCUCGUGGCUCGCGUCGUGAUGACAUUUACUGCUGAAGAUAGGGUUUAAGAAAAACGUAAAUUUUAUUAUUUACAAGCUCUGUACUUGUACAUAGCAAUUGCUAUAUGCCACCACUCUUUAGGGGUAGGAAUUUAGCCUCCCUAUGCGUCUUUAUAAUAGAGACUUCUUGCGGAAAGUCCUCACUUGGUUUUGGCAAAUACCUGUUAGCUGGUUCCUUGUUGCCUGUUAAUAUAACUGACCAUGUGUAAGAGAUAUUUUUUAUACUCGAGAGUAUUUACAUAUUUUAUGCUCGGAGAAAUAUAUUUAUUGUUAGUCAUACCUACUAACCUAUCUCUCACACACGCUUCUUUCUCUGUCUUUCGCUUGCCAUCUCUUUUGCUCACCCUCCCUGCUUGUUGAUUGGUUGCCAAAUGCGCACACACUCCUCCACGCACGUUGAUGCUGGGUUACGGAUGCGUAGCUCAGUAUCUUGGCUUCCCAUACCUACUUUUAAUAUACGUACGUAAAUAUUACAUGAACUGUUGCUUUAAUUUGUGUUGUGCUGUUUCCUGCCUUAUACUGGUGAGUGGUUCACUGAGUACAGCUUUUAUAACUCAUUUAUGCUUUCAGGUUUAGAUUAUUUUAAUAUACCUAGUUAUGUAUUAUGCGCAUUUGUGUAUUAUUGGAGCAUUGACUCGUGAAGUAUUCUUGUUGGUUGGUAUCUAGUACCGGAUGGCUACCUACUAGGCAUGGUAGACGUUUUCCUACCUUUGCGAUAAUGUGGGCCCAUCGGAGUGAGCACUCAGGUUUCGUACCUUGAGGGGGUGCUCAGCUCACUUUCAGACCAACACUUACUAGACAACCUAUAGGUGAAAGCGGGCUAGGUUGAGUAAGGCUAGUAAGUAGGUACCAGCUUCUAUACUGGGCCUGAGAAUAGAUGGUGUUAUUGAAUGAUUUUAUUUGGUUUGUUGACGUGAUAUUUGAUUGAUUAUUUUGUGCUUGUAGUAUGAGUUUCUGAACUCAAAAGCGCCUGUAAUUUUUGUUACAGGUCCAGGCUACCUAGUUAUCAUUAUCCGGAGGUCCAGUUCCGCCUACAUCUUCUGCCAACCUAUUUACUUUUGCUUACUUAAUUUUUGUUGUUUUUGUUACCUAUUUUGAGAAUAUUUUUGAAGCUAGCUUGUAGAUGUUUUUCUUAAUUAUACGAGGCUGAUAUUUGUA